CCCUAUUACCUGAUACCUAAACCAAUUUGGUACUUACAAAAAUAUAUCCGAAUAAAAUAAAAAUUAUUGGUUCCGUUCCAUUGCAGGCAUUCAUUACGCAUCUCAUGAGAUAAACCGCGAAAAGAACCUAUUACAGAAUAACUAUUCCUUUAUCCUCCUUAUUCAACAGGGACUUCACCUCUUACACGGAAGAUUCAUUUAAAUACAUCCACACCGCAACUAUUCUCUACAUUCGGUCUUGAGGAGCGAAACUUGAUACAACUCAAAAUGAAUUCAAAUCUGUUUUAUAUCUUCGCUACAACUCUGGUGUGUGUUAACGCAGAAGUUUACGGACCUUCUGAUUACGCGGAAGAUUACUCGAUCAGCGGGCAAUCCUCAAGGCGACACCCUCGUGACGUCACUUGGGACAAACAAAUGGGGGGAGGCAAGGUCUUUGGCACUUUGGGACAAAACGAUGAUGGACUCUUUGGAAAAGCUGGUUACAACAGAGAGAUCUUUAAUGACGACCGCGGCAAACUAACCGGUCAGGCUUACGGCACCAGAGUUUUAGGACCUGGAGGCGACAGCACCAACUACGGCGGACGCCUAGACUGGGCGAACAAGAAUGCUCAAGCCACUAUUGACCUAAAUAGACAAAUCGGUGGCAGAUCUGGGAUGACAGCAUCAGGCUCCGGUGUGUGGGAUCUGGAUAAGAACACCCACUUUUCUGCCGGUGGUAUGGUCUCGAAGGAGUUCGGUCACAAAAGACCAGACGUCGGUCUUCAAGCAGAGAUCCGCCAUGAUUGGUGAUCACCUCAACACUUAAACAAUAAUCUUUUGC